GACAUAGUUGUGAUUGAUUCUAUUUAUGAUACCCCACACCUUCUCACCUGCUGGGAAUCUUUCUAGAAGAGACUUAGAAACUGGAAGGAAGCCAGAGGGUGGGGCUUCCAGAAAUUAUUUAUAACCUGCCACUUGCAGACAUCACACACACAACUGCACACGAUUUGGAAGAGCUUCCCAGCAGAAGGCACAACAAUGGCACCCUUACCGGUCCCACAUACAAAAUAUGUGUCCUUGCCUGUUGGUUCUUUCGUGAAAAUCAAAGGGACACCUGCCAUGUCUUUCAGCAUGAACCCAGAACUGCAGGUGGAUUUCCACACUGAAGCGAACAAAACCAUCGCCUUCCAUUUCCGAGUGCGCUUUGGCAACUGUGUGGUGAUGAACAGCCGUCAGGGUGGGACAUGGGGUGAAGAAGUGAAAUCCACUGAUAUGCCCUUUAAGGAUGGCCAACCCUUUGAACUGGGCAUCUUGGUACUGUCAACGCAUCCUAUAUUUCUGACACAUAUUCUCUUUCAGGUAAUAGUAAAUGGCUGCCAAUGUUAUACUUUUCCCCAUCGACUUGACCCAGCAUCUGUGAAGAUGAUCCAGGUGUGGAGAGAUGUCUCUCUGACCUCAGUGACGUUCACUUAGAGAAGGAUGUGACCAGACUCCCCGUUGUCAAGGAGAUCCCUCCACCUAAAUGACUCUAUGAUUCCCAGAGCUCACUGACAACAUGGGUUCUCACCCUCCCCCUACGCUUACUCAUU